UCUGGCUGCUGCUUCCAGCCGUCCGCGCAUCAGUCUGCACAGAGAGCGACGCUGAAUACGAGCUCGCUCGAUCGGACAGUAGAGCCCCCAGACUUCGCCAGGGAGAGCUCCGCAUUCGAGGUCCUCGCGAGAGACCAGACGCCUCCGCCUCGCUCCCGAGAAGGGCUUCAACCUUUCGCUGAAGCAACUCUUGUCAUGUGUGAUGUCCGUCCACGCGCGCGUCUCGCGUUUCUCUGGCCUUUGUACCCAGGCGACGCGAGGUUGGAAAAGAGCCACAGACAUUUCCUGUGUCUCUGCUUGUCUCGCUCGGCUUCCCCGCCGUCGACCCCCUCGGCGGAAGCUUCGUCUCAAUGAAGGACGAAGCACAGCGAAUUAACGCCUUCCAAGUAUUUUUCUCAGUGGAAAGCUCACUCUUCCUCAUACGAAUCCAAACAAUGCCUCAAACGCAUACACGUCUCGACUCGCUUGUUGUGCGUGUCAAAAACACCCAAGAAACUGGGAAACUGACAGUUUUCUCGCAUGGCCUUUAAUCUUCAGCUGUACCUACGCAAGUCGAUACGCUUCGCGCCGUGCCAGUAACCGUGAACAUACAUACAUUUACAUAUCUGUACACAUUUAUUCAUAUACAUACAUACUUAUGUAUAUAUAUAUAUAUAUAUAUGUAUAUAUAUAUAUAUAUAUAUAUAUAUAUAUGACGGAUCCUCGAGAUUCAUCAUUUUUUUAACUCACAUGUUUCUUCUCUGUAGCGGCACGCAAGUGUCUCACUGUCGACUGGAGAUUCGCUUUUCUUCGCUUUUUCCCCCGGCGUAUGUUCGUAGCCAGCUGCGGGUUAGACUUCGCACUGAAGAGAGCGAGGAGAGAAAAAGCGGGGAAGCAUGGCGUCUCUCGCUCUCUUGCCCUUGCCAUCAACAGGCUCUUCUCGAGACUCCCCAGAGUCGGAAGAGAAUCACUCCUCUCAGGACAGGAAUGGCGUGAGCGUCGCACCCUCAAAUGUCUCGCCUACUGCCUGCUGUCCGAGUCUCCUCGCUUGCACUACACCCGCGACAGAGGACUCUCUUCGAGCUCUCUCUCUUCCUCAUCUCCGCGAAGCUGAAGGCCUCUUCUCCUCUCUCUUCAGACAACAGGUGUCUCGGUCGCCUGCGUGGAUCGCCAGCGAGCUGGUGCUUCUCCGUCGUCUUCUCUACAAAUUCAAGAGGCAACACAGACGCGCGGAGUUCUUUCAAAAGGCGCAGAGCGUCAGCCGAGUAGCUCAGCCUCUCGUCUCUCUUCUGUCUCUCUUCUCUCCAGAGGGGCUGCGCGCGCCUUGUCUGCGGACCGACGCACUCGUCUCGUCCUGGUUGUCACGCGUCUAUGCAAGUUCUGCGCGGAGGCGAGGCGCUGGCGACGCACAACAGAACACGAGCCGAAGCGACGGACAGGAGGCGGAAGCGAAGGUAAGCGCUGCACAGGCAAGCGCGAGAGCGACGGGGAGAGAAGGCGGAACAUCUGGGCGGAGCCGCCAUGGUGUCGCGAAGACGUUUCUGUCAUUCUUCCUUGAGGAUCUUCUUGCUCGCGCGUUGCACCUGCAAGACGCGACGGUGCAUGCGUCUUCCUCGGCAAUUCAACAAGUCCACUUGGGCUAUCACUUGAAUCUGGUGCUUCCUCUCCUCGCCAUCUACAGUCGCGUCCUCGCGCUCGUCUCUGCCCUCGUCGGAGCCGCAGAACACCAGGUCCAGCAAAUGCCAGUUCUCCUGGAUUUCAUGGGCAAUGGUCCAGAAGGCGCGGAGGGUCGAGAGGAGCUCAGGGCCAAAACAGAUGCGAAACAACAGCACUCGACACAGCGAGCCGCCUGCCUCUGGGACGCGCCCGCUCCUGCGCCUUCAGGUGUACGUACACCCGACGCCCGCUCGAGGGAGGUGACCGAGAUGGCGAGCCACCGAAAGACUACAAGCGACGGAGAAAAGGAGGGAAGAGAGUGCAUGCAGGAGGAAGCAGUGCAAGAGGCGAGACGAGCGGGAGACGGGGGCGAAGACGAGAAGGAUGUGACUGGAAGCGACGCUCGACCUGUGGGCGAAGAAGGUCGAGCAGAGGCGGAGACGGCGGCGGCUUCUCGAGAGGCCGAGCCGGCAACAAAGAAACAAAAAACGGGGGAAAGGGGCCGUGUUCUGCGCUCUUCGAGUGACGCCAAAACUGGGGCGUUGAGCGCCCACGACAGAUCGUCGCACAGCUCGGUUCCACAGGCUUGCGAUGACAUGCUGGCCUUCCUUUUGUCGGAAAAGAAGAAUCCCUCGACUUUCGGGAGUCUCGCAGAGAAGAAGUCCGCGUCCUCCGCGAAGAAGCGGCGCACUGCCUCGGGCGAGUCGCGACCUGUUCAUUCCGAGAACUCCACGGCAGCGGUUCUCGCCGCGGCCAAACGCGUCAAAAAGAAGAGGCAGUUCGAAUCUUCGCACCCCCCGAUGCGUGAACGAAGCGAGACCGAAGAGGGAUUUUCUACCGACGACCACGACGCUCUCUUGGCCUUUCUACUUUCGGAGAAACCCCCCAAACUCCCUCGGCCCGUGAGAGAGAAGCCGAAGACUGUGGCGACAAAGAAAUCUAAAGAAAAACGCAAAGUGCCUCCCUCGGAGGCGCAGGCAAACUGCACUCCGCUGCGUGUAGAGUUUCCGAAAACUGGAGGCCUUGAAGGACUGACAGUGAGCAGUAGGGCAGCGAAACCAGCCUCGAGUUGUGUGUCGAACGAAGGGAAGUCUGGGAGUGCGCGGGUCGCCGCAGCUGAUGAAGGCCUUUGCUCUCACCUCGCAUAUCGGCCAGAGAAAGCGAUGAAAUCGACAGCCUCUGAACUAGGCAGGCAAACGGAUGCGCCCCCUUCGGCAACUCCGCACAAGGGAAAUCCAAAAGCGACGUCUGCAUUUCGAAGUGGACUCGCUCAGUGUACAUUUAAGGAGUUCUGCCACCCUUCAGUCAGGUCGGUGACGAGUCUUGAUGAAACGUACCCCCGACCACAGCGGGCGUUCCCCGAGUGCUCGGCUCGAUUCAGAACGCACGACCCUCUCUAUGCGCGUGUAGAGUUCAAGGAGGAAAGGCUGCUGCCUUGAGUGUUUUGGUUCGUCUCUUCUAGGUUAUUCAUGUUGGGGGGUGUCCCCCCGGGUCAGUGUCUGAAAAAUAAAGGUUUUUUCCACAGCACACGCUCACAGAAAGCUUUCCCAACCUGGUCACGUCACAGCACCUGCACCUACAAAUCGAUAAACGUAGAUGACACUAGAUGUAGAUACAUCUGCCGCAGAGUAUGUGCACCGGACGCAGGAGAGACACGCGUGGUGGAGACAAGACAUUUCCGUUAUCACACAUCCAAUAAAACUGCGCGAAGCGAUCGCUGAUAGCCGCGCGCUGGCAGGCCAAUAUGAAAGUCAAAGUCACGUGCUCACUAACUCUACAAGCAACACUCUGUCGUACAAACCCAGGGUGAAACCUCGGGUGUAUGUAUACUACACAUGCACACGCAGACGUGCAUUCAAGCGAUACCCGUGCGAAGGAGCCGCUGUCGGGAACGGCGCGACUCUCCGGACAAAGUCCGAAAAAGGCGCCCCGCUCCGCAAGCAGAAUCCAAUAAGUGGGUGUCACGGCGGAAAACGGGUGACAGCAAUAAAAUGCCGUGACCUUGUUUGUACAAUCUCUGCGGCCGCCCUGUACUCUCGGAGGCCUCACAACUCAACGAGCAACGCAUCGAAUCUUCUCCCGCGCACAACACAAAGGAACGCUUCCAUGCACAUCACAGAUCAUCGGGUAAACAUGAUUCGUCCACACGGCGUUCUUUGGAAGGGUGAAAUCACAAACAUGCCAACACGGCAUCGGUCGUACGUACGCUCGAAUCAGACAGGUCUGAAAUCUUUUUCUCGAUACACGAUCUGCGGCGAGAUUCCAUUCACGACCGCACAGAGGACUCGAAAAAACGAGGCGCCGUCGCACCUUCUCACCUCCACGCAAAUCCGAUCCUUCCCCCAACAUACCCCGCACAACACCACACAUGCACGAGAAUCCAUAUAUAUAUAUAUAU